AUGAGGGCCGCCAAGCUGCUGCUGUGCAGCCUGCUGCUGGCUUUCGCCACCGUGGCACUUCUGGACGGUGCCGACGCCUUCUCUGUCGCCAAGCCGGAGGGCCACGUCAAGGUGCACCGUCGUUCGUUUGGACAGCCCGCUCUGCUCCGACGCGAUGGCGACGAUGACAACACCUCGCCCAGCGAUCCGGGCGCUAAAACAGCCAACCUUGGCGAUGGCGGCAAGGGCAGCGGCAACGACGGCGGCAAAGCCAAGGUCGAUCCUGCGCAGGCCAACCGCAACGCCAAGUUCGCUCGUCCGAUCGACGACAAGAGCAAGGACGGCAAUGCCACCCCUCAGAAGGCGGAUGCGACCGCCGACGCCAGCGCCAAGCAGCUCGCUUCGGGACAGGGCAAGACGGUGUCGACGGGCGACGCCCAGAGCCGCCUCGCGCUCGAGGUGCUGGACCAGGUCAAGUACCACUCCCGCUUUGAGAUGGACACCUUCAUCGAGACCAACCUCAACUACGGCGACACUGGCCUGUUUGCCGAGCUCAUCUACAACACGGCUUUCCAGACGGCCAAGGACGCCGAGUUCACGCGCCCCAAGAGCGACGCGCUCGGCACAGGCUCGACCGUCGGCUGGAACAUUGUCGGGCAGACCAAGAUGGACCUCAUCAAGGACAACCCGCUCUCGCACGCCCUGCCGGCCUCGGUCAGGCUGACGCUCGACACCACCGUCACUACCGACAACAGCGCCUACAAGGGCUACAUCGGCCUCAAGAACCGCGGCUUCUGGGGCAUCCCCGUCCGCUCCGGAACGACGUACCGCGCCUCGUGGUUCAUGCGCGCAGACAAGCAGACCACCGUCGACCUGCAGUACGGCCUGUACGACUUCCAGGUGGCCAAGCAGUUCGGCGGCGCCGUCGACCGCGUCCAGGUCGGUCCCGAGUGGAAGCAGGUCAACUACACGUUUACCGUUUCCGAGGAGGCGCCGGACCUGCACAACGUCUUCGCCAUCCUCUUUGACGCGCGCAAGGGCCCGCUGCCGGCGAUCCAGGUCAACCUCGUCAGCCUCUUCCCGCCCACCUGGAAGGACACCACCAUCCGCCAGGAUGGCGCCCAGGCGCUGCUCGACUUCCGCCCGCGCGCCGUCCGCACGCCCGGCGGCAACGACCUGAGCGGCUUCAGCCCCCUCAGCCGCUUCCGCUGGAACAACACCAUCGGCCCCGACCGCUACCGCCCGGGCCGCGCAGGCAACUGGGCCGGCUGGAACACGGAGCACUUUGGCGUCGUCGAGGCCUACAACUUCAUCACCCGCCUGGGCGCCAAGAUCAUCGUCGGCCUGUUUGACGGCACCUACAACGGCGACAAGAUCGUCGACUUGUCCGAGAUGGCCGCCAUCGUCGAGGACCAGGUGAACUUCCUCCGCUUCCUGCUCGACGCCGACGGCGAGUUUGCCGAGAUGCGCGUCAAGGCCGGUGGCCCCAAGGAGCCGUACCAGGUCAGCGCGGUGCUCGUCGGCAAUGAGAGCGGCAUCACGGCCGGCAUGAAGUACGACGAGCGCUACGGCAUGAUGGAGGCGGGCAUCAAGAAGCAGUUCUUUAGCAGCGGGAGCCGGUACCCCAUGUUUGACAUCAUCGCCACCGCGCCGGUCAAGGUGGCCAAGGGCCACAUGAACAACCUCGACACGCUCAACGACCCCAAGUACGGCGUGCCCAACGACUUUAUCGGCGCCUACCACCAGUACGACGGCUACGAGCGCAACGGCACCAUCUACUACAACCUCGAGUUUGCCGUCAUCAACUCGGGCCUCACCGACGACGACAACCCGUGGUCCGGCUCGAGCCGGCUCGAGUACACGACGCUGCAGAGCUCGCUGGCCGAGGGCGUCUUCCUGCUGGGCCUGGAGCGUAACGCCGACAUCUGCGCCAAGGCGGCCUACGCGCCCCAGAUGGCCGCCCACGCCGACCCCCGCGAGGACCAGUCGACGCCCGGCCAGCUCAUCUUUGACCCGUCCAAGGUGGUCAAGUCGUCGUCGUACCUGGUGCAGCAGGCGUUUGGCCGCUACCACAUCGACCAGGUCCACGCCGUCAAGGUGGCUUCGGCGGCAUCGUCGUCGUCGUCAUCGUCGUCGUCGUCGGGCGGCGCCGGCUCGGCGGCCAAGGACGUGCUCGAGGACAACCUGGUCUACUUUAGCGCCGGCAGCGACAACGAGGGGCGGGUGAUUGCCAAGCUGAUCAACUACGACGCGCAGCCCAAGCUGAUCGACAUCACGUUCCCCAAGGACGUGCAGCGGGCCGAGCAGUACAUUGUGACGGGCAAGAACCCGCAGGCGAGCAACACCCUCGACAGCCCGUACAAUGUCGAGGCCGGCCGCAAGAUUGUCGACGCGUCCCACGUGCGCGGCCGCACCGUCACCGUCACGCUCCAGCCUUACUCGAUGAACGCCGUCGCGGUUCAGUGA